AUGGCGGUGAUGCAGAAGGCCAGCAGGGAGGAGAAGAUAGCAGCCUGCCUGGUGGCCGAGAAGUUGCCCGCAGCCAACCUCCUCCUCCUGAAGAGGCUGCUGUCCCUCCUCCAGCACAUCGGCCGCCACGCAGCCACCAGCAGGAUGGGCUGUAGCAACCUGACUGUCUGCGUUGGGCCGAACCUGCUGAGCCUAGCCCAUGCGGACCUGCUCCUGCUGGAGGCCGUGCUGGAGGUGACACACAAGGUGAACGUGCUGGUGGAGUUUCUGGUGGGGAACUGCAGGGAGCUCUUUGAGGAGGAAGCGGGCAGCCUUUCCAGCCCAUCAGACCAGGAGAUGCCAGCCCCCCUGGAGAGAUUCAGAGAUCUGUGUUUGGAAGAGCAAAGUGUCUCUGCAGGCAAAGUGGACACUGAACGUCAGGCAGAAGCUUUGCUGCAUGCACCCCCCUCUCUGCUCAGUGUCCUCACAGGAGCUGGGGGAGAUAGGGUGGUGCAGAGUGAAAGGGGAGAGGCACGGUCAGCUUUGCCUCCAAGCACCCCCAAGAGCACGGCAGAGUCCCUGGGGCACCCAGAACAACUGGCCCAGCUUUCCACGAAACGAAGAUUUUUGGGCUCUGCCCAGGACCAGGAGAAGAAGAGUCGGAAGAGAAGAGCAGCCUGGGGAGAGGAGAGCGAUGGCUGCCUGGAAAAGAAGAGGAAGAAGAGGGAAGGUUCUUCUGGGGAUGGACCAGCACAGAGCUGCCGGCAGGGGCAGAGGUGUCCUCGAGAGUUUGAGGGGGAUCCCACCAAUGCCACACCCUUGUCCCUGCACCCCCACCACCACCUGCAGGGGGUGGUGGGGACAGCAGGGAAACAGUGA